AUGAGCCAAAGUACGGGAAAUUGGGAGCACUCCCGCCUCACAACAGUCGGAGACAUGGAACCCUUAAAAGAGGAAAUGAGUCGUUGGCCCCUUCAAAAGCAAGAUAAGGUACUUUUAUUGAUGCUCAACAAGAUUUUUGGCCAAAACUCCAAGGGUCUGACCCUGGAUUUGACAAAGGUGAUUGUUGAGCACGUCCGAGUGCUACGCAAGAACGACCUCGCUUUUUUGAACUAUCAAUAUCUAGAGCCAUUCAUGGACAAGGCCAUUGAGGACGAUGAUGUUCCCUUGAUGGAAUAUCUCAUCAGUUUGUCCGGUCGACUUGAGAACGGCCAAAUGCCGUCCUACGGCUGGUCAGAUCGGCGGUACCAGAAGGAUAUAAAGCAAGUUGGACCUAGAAGCGUUAGUAUGAUGCGAGUGCUAGUACAGAAUGGUUUCGAUAUACACCAAAGAGUACACGGCCAUACGACCCUUCACUUUGCAGUCGCCAGUCCCUACACGGAUGAUGAGUCAGUUAAGCUCAUCAAAUUUCUGGCGUCAAGAAUGCGUAGCAUCAACCAAAUAGAUGAGCACGGAUAUACACCUUUGCACGCGUGGCUCCAUGAAACGCAGGAGAACCGCUGGAGGGGAAAGCAACAUGUUGUUCGGGAGAUCACCACCUAUUUGCUCGAUAAUCACGCUAGUCUUGCAGCCACGGCCAGAGAGGAGAAUGAAGACACUCCGCUUCAUUUUGCAGUUCAAUCUGCCUCCCACUCACUGGUUGAGCUUUUCCUCGCCCACGGAGCAGAUAAGGAUGCGGAAAACACAGACCGUAAGACACCACGUCAUUAUGCCGAGCGAUUUCAGGACUCCACGGAUGAUGAUGAGAGAAAGGUUUACACCUUGUUGAAGUAG